AUGGCCUCGGAUCCCGGUCCACUUGUCAAACACGAUCUCUUUCAAUACGACAAAACAGCCCCGAAGUUGAUGAGCCAGCUCUGCCGACUCACCACCCAAUUCCACAAGUCGAGCGAGGCGAACCGCUUCAUCCUGGCUAUUCAAAACACGGAAAUUGCUACGGCACUUCAUCAGCUAUCGGAUUUUGCCUUCGGAAGCCCGUCUAAUGUCGAAGUCACCGUUCAGCUCUCAGGAAUUUCUUUUGAAAUUCGUUCUCACGAGGGUAGCGACGGCUCCAAUGACGAGGAGAUAAUUGCGCAGCGGCAGCCGGUUGCCAGGAAUGAAUGCGAGCCCCGGAGCAUCCCCGCCCAACUCGUCGUUCCGCAGGCCAAACCUUCCCCGUCUAUUCUCUCGCCUUCCUCACCAUCGUCUGAUGAGGAAAUUCGUUCUCACGAGGGUAGCGACGCCUCCAAUGACGAGGCGAUCCCCCCGCAGCUGCAGACGGUUGAUGAAGAUGAAUGCGAGCCCAGGAGCAUCCCGGCUCGUGUCGUGAUCGAGCAGGCGAAAGCUACACCGUCUAUCGUCCCGCCUUCCUCACCAGCGUCCGUCGAGGCCCGUGGAUUCGGCUUCUACAUUCGCUGCCUCGUUGCUGCACUUUCCUGUGGAAUAUGUUGUAGCACUGGACAAGCGCAGCGAUACGACGACGACAACCCACCAGCUGCGAGAAUCGCGGAAUUCAAGAUCCCCGCCCAAGUCGUCGUACAGCAGGCCAAACCUUCCCCGUCUAUCCUCUCGACUUCCUCAUCAUCGUCUGACGAGGAGAUCCGUUCUCGCAAGGGUAGCGACGGCUCAACUGGUGAUGAGAUAAAUCCGAAGCUGCUGCAGACGAUUGCCAGGGAUGAAUGCAAGCCCGCUCGUGUCGUGGUCGCGCACGCGAAAUCUCCACCGUCUAUCGUCCCGCCUUCCUCGCCAGCGUCCGUCGAGGCCCGUGGUUUCGGCUUCUACAUUCGCUGCCUCGUGGCGGCUUUUUCCUGUGGAAUGUGUUGUAGCAGGGGACAAGCGCAGCAAUACAACGACGACAACCCACAAGCUGCGAGAAUCGUGGAAUUCAAGGACGUACAAGACGAACGAGUCUUUGGUGGUGUCGGCGACACACAAGCAGAUGAAGACGCUGUCCGCGAAAAACCGAUGCUUGACCAGCCCGGGAAGUUUUUGAAGCUGUUCCGGACAGAGGGGAGGCGUCUAGCCGAGCUCCGUGUGGGAUGGGCCACACGCGAUAUCGCGGAUAUUUGCGUCCAAGAGCUCCCCGAGUUGCUCGGCACAUGCGCAGAGUUUGAGAACACGCUGACCGCGAUGAAGACGACGAUAACUGAUGCGCAAGAGCACCUGAAAAAGGAGGGCACAGCAAUCGAGUCCAACGAAAAGACGAUCAACGAAUUGAAGGCCCAGAUUGUAAUAUUGAAGACGGCGGCUGAAGCCGUACGCAAGGCGAAGGGGCCAGAUUCUACUCCCAGCUCUCCAUCUGUGUCGUCGCCGGGCGACAAACUUCGCCAAGCACCUCUCAUCUACGAGAUCGUCAAAGACGCUCGCAAGGACCCAAAGCUGUCGGAUGAUUCCGGACUUCUGAAAUUUAGCUCGACGAAUAAU